AUGCCAAACCUACCUGGCCUUUUAGCAGAGGCCUCUCGUCUUCACUCUGGUAUGAAAUGUCGAUUGCCCAACGAUUCCCCUUUCAAAGGCGGAACCCACGACGUAUUCAAGCUCGAGUUUGCCGAUUCAACUCAAUGGGCCCUUCGAAUCUGCCGAGAUGCCCAUGACUGGCCCGCUGAAUUACGAGCCGUCAAGACCCUGCAGCAUAUCAAACGACAUCAUCCUCGUAUUCUCGUCCCCACCGUUCAUGGCACAAAGCACCCCGUCUGGUUCAUGGACUGGAUAGAGGGUGCCCCGCUGAGCAGAUGGGACCUUCAGAUCCCGAUUAGGGCGCGUCAGGGUUUCCUUGAAGACCUUGCCGAGUUUCUCCUGCUGCUUUGGUCGACCCCGGCUCCAGCCUUACCAUACCCCACGCCAGUGGUACCAUACUCGAAAUGGUUGACACAUACGGUUGACCGACAGCUCAACCGGACCCUGCGCGGAGAAUCGCGCUGGGGAGAUGCUAUGGAAUAUCUCAUCAUGAGAUCCAUGAUCCCCUACUAUUCCGUCGCAGUGGAUGAGUACAAUACCAUCGGUAUUGCUCACGGAGAUCUGAACACUCAUAAUAUCAUGGUGGAUCGUGACCUUCGUCUCUCCGGGGUGAUCGACUGGGAUUGGCUGUAUCUUGGACCGCUACCCUCUGUGAUCCAUCAUCCGUGGUUUAUGGCUGACAUCCCAGGAUGGAAAAAUGACUGGGUUCAGGAAGGUCAGAAUUUCGAGCAAGACCGCGAAUAUCUUGAAGGUGUGAUCAGAAACAAGGAAAAAGAGAGAAAGCUUGACAGCAGCAUUUCAACCUUGCUUCACGGAUCCAAGGAUCGAAUGUUCUUCCAGGCGGCAAUCUCGAUGCCUGGAAUCCACGAGCAGUUCGUCGAGACACAUUGCGCCCGCACCGAUGCCAACAUGGCGAUUGCCAAUCAACAGCUCCAAGCGGUCCUUACAGUUCAUCCAGAGUGGGAGAAACAUGCGGGAGUGCAGAGAAUCCGCGCAAUGAUGAAGGAAGUCUAG